AUGGGGAAUUGGAACCCUGGUGUGAUUAGAAGCCAAUUAAACGGAUAUGUGAGAUUACUGGAGCACAAUAAAGGGAUAGUGGAGGAGGAUCAUUUAGAUAAUCGAUGGGAAGAGGCUACAAGCAAGGUUGUUGACGAGAUCAUCUUCCUCAACAAAAUCACCACCGUCACUAAUCGCCCUACUCUCACCAUUCACCCAGUCGGUGUGCCUCAUCUAAAAGAAGGAGACGUUCCUCCAUAA